AUGACCCCCUCCCUUCGACUAGCUACAAGUUAUAUUAAAAGCACAACCGCGUUUCUAGCCGCUGGGCUGGCGGAGGGAGCCAGCAAGGCCCGAACUAGGAGAGAGAAGCUCCUUCAACUUCUUUCCCCUUCCCCGCCGAAGGCGUCCAGGCGCUGCGCAUCUGCCUGUGACUUCCCCGCCCCCCCACCGCACAGCACCAGCUCGUCACAAGCGCCCGGGCCUAACGACAGCUUCUCCCUCCGGCAGCGGGGCCGCGGCCGCAGCUCGCCGCCUCCCACCACCCCACCCCGUCGGGCCCUUGCCCCUCCCAGCCUCCCUCCCCCAGCCACAUCCUUUCCCUCCCGGCGCGGUUUGCCUGCAGGCCAUUGGCUCUCAGCGCCGCCAGUCCCGCAGCCUCUCUCGCCCCGGCCGCCGCUUCGCGAAUCGGGCGUGAAUCGAUCGGUACCGAGUGCUCUGACUCCCUCCUGUUUCAGCAAAGGGAAACUAGCCCCAGGAUCACAGCCUUCGGUUCAGCUCUGCUCAAGCCAGAGCGCCACCAAUCUUGAGGCAGGCGGAAACCAAACCAAGAAGUACAUCCUGAAGUUCAGUUGUACCAGCUCCUUGGCUCCCAGAACAAGGAGUAAAAGAAGAAAAGAUACAGUAUUUGCAGAGACACAGAAAAUAACAGGGGCAUUCGGCCUCCAGUGGCUACGACUACCAGGUCUGUGGCACCGCUUGGAGAGGAGGAUACCAACAGCAAGCUGUCCGAAUUACUUGGCGAUACUAAUCUACUCUCAGCUUCUGUAUUUCUUGGGUGCUUAUCUCUUCAGCAUGGGAAACUUGCUGCAAGCGGCCUGUUGUUUACAUUCGGUGAUUAUGGCACUUCCAGGCAGUUGCCAUGUCCUGCAGCAAAGGAUGGACCACAGCACGUGGCCCUCUGCUGUCACUAGGGAAAGGUGUAGCAUCUCAGAUGUGGGCAUCUGCUGCAGAGCAUCUGACAGGAUUUCGGCAGAGCAGAGUCCUUUGUGCAUGCCUGUUUGAUAGAAAUUACCAAUGGUCUCAGAUGAAAUGUAGACUAUGACUGGCAGUGCAACAGCAAAAGGAGGAACGUUAAAAGGCAGAACAUAUGGGGACCGAGGUAGAAAAACUUAUUUCAACUUGUAUUCAAACCCUGUCAUACAGCUACGUGGUUCUCCUUGUAACAUGCCCCAUUACAUACAAAAAUGUUAAUGGCCACUGAGGGCUGAAGUAACAAAAAGAAGUUAUAUCUAUUGUCAAGCACAUUUAACUCAAACCACAAAACCAACAACUUCUGAAUUCUAGUGACAGAAUUACAAGGAAGCGCUGUGUGAACAAAGAUGCAGGCAGGAAGGUGUGACUAAAGACUUAAAAGUCUGGGACUUUUGUUUUCCAGAAGCAAAACAAAGGACUGUACAGCCAAAGUACAAGGAAGUCAGUGAAGCAGAAACCACAGGGGAUGAAGUGUCCACUCAUCCAGCACUUUCAGAUUUAGAGGACAGGGCAAUUUAGCGAAUCCCAGAGAUGAGAAGACAGAAUCAUAGACAAACUCUUGCAGAUUAGAAAUCAUGCCUGACUGACUGCAGAAGCAAGAGAAGUAACACACACAGCCCCAAAACACUGUCAAAGCUGACAUACUUUUGAGAAAUUACAUGAAUUCCCAGAAAAAGAAGGAAGGGUACAUGGCUUGGGGGCAUCAACUGUUCUUUCAGAAUACUGGAAAGGUGGAGAAAAGACUAGAGACCUCGAUCAAUUUACUGAAGCAUUUGAUCAUGUUUUCAGGGAAGAUACAUGCAUCUCAUUUUCUGUUGCUUAAACAUUCAUUAGUCAUUUAGUCAGAAAGAGUUUAAAAAGCAAAUCAUGCAGGAGUAGUCCAAGCAAAUUUUUUUUUCUAGUUUUUACAUAGAGGGUAAAGAAUCUUGGAGUGAAGACAAGGCUAUCUUAAAUCCUGAUCUAACAUAUAUAUGAGUCUGUAUUAAAGAGUACGAGAAUGAAGAGAAGCAUUUAUUUGGUUCCAAGAGAGAACCUCACUCGCAUUCAUCUCUUCAGUCACUGCAGCUUGUACUGCAACAGGAAUUACUUUUCAGGCUGCUACAUCACAUCAGAUUUUGACCAGAACUCCAAGUGAAACAAAUAAUUGGACUGAUGAUGUUCCCACUAAAGUCCACCAUACAAUUCCUAUUUAUUUCAGAAAAAGCAAAGUCAGUCUGAAGGUAUUUGUAGUAGAAUUUGAAGAACCACUUUCACACCUAGUUUUAUACCAUUUAAUUCUGUUGACUUCUGUGGGGUAACACAUGAUUUUUCAGUCUUAAAAAUAAAACCACAAUAAGGUCAAUUUGUCUUUUUAUUAAUUAUUCAUUGCCUAAGCCUAGGGACUUAUCGCCGUUGAGGCCCACAUGCACUGCUGCUAAAGCCAUAG